AUGUCUCGACCCAAUGACGGCGGCAGCCUUGACGACCCCGACAUUCGGCUUUUCGAGAGCGGUAACUUCGCAGAUGCCACCAUCGUCUGUGGCGAUCGGACUUGGAAGGUCCACAAGCUCAUUCUGAGCUCUCGGUGCAAGUGGUUCAAGGCUGCCUUCUACGGGAACAUGGCGGAGGCUGAGUCUGGUACGAUCGUCCUGCAAGAACAGGAGGCCGAGUUCGUCGAGGUCAUGCUUCGCUUCAUCUACGCCAAGGAUCCUGACAUCUUGGCACUGAGAGAUGGAAAAGACAUACCACUGGCAGUCCUCUGUGUGGAGCUUUUCCGACUGGCUGACUUCUUUCUACUCGACAAGCUGGCCGAGGCCGCCAAGUAUGAGCUCGCAGCCCACCUCAGGGUGCACAUGGCUGUACAGGACAAGGACAAGGCAUUGUUCCCCGAUACCCUGAAACAGGUACUGGAGUCGAUCAGAUGUGCUUAUCGAGACGAAAGCACAGAACCUAUUCGACAGGUGCUCCUGAACUUCAUGUUCCUGCGGAAAGAUCGACAUCUUCAGGCUCCCGAGACCAUUGCUUUGCUUGACGAGAUCCCGGAAGUAGGUAGGGAUCUGAUGAAGACCUUCCUCUCCAUCAACCUCACGACCAAUGAGCCCAACGCGAACGAGUUACCGAGAGCCUUACCCGUGGUAGAAGCCGUGUACGCAGACCGUUUAGUCUACGUGGCCGGUGGCCCAAUCCUAAAAUUCAAGCAUGGGAGCAGACCACUCAACUCCCCGUGCGUAUUGAUUCCUCAGUUUGAUACCGUCAAACACCACGAACCCUUGUUCAAAGUCCGUGACGCGGAAACAGCGACAUCGCUUAUCGGCAUGGGGUGGCUCGUGCCCCACACAGGGAGCUUUUUGACGAUCGCGAGAAAUGAGGAUUCCAGCAUUGUGCAGAUCUUCCCUCCGCCUAGAUCACCACUACUAGCCGAGUUCAGUACUUGCAUUCGAUUUCUUUGCCCAGCGGACGCAAAACACUACGUCAGCCGGUACCGCCGCGCCAGGCCUGAAAUCCAAGAGCUGGAGAAGUCGGCUGUCGAACUGGAACAGGAGUUACGCACUGCUCACUACCGGGCUACCAAAGACACACAAGUCGAACAUCGGGGUUCUGCUGUGUUUCCGCGGGAAUGA